UAUUGUUGGAUUUGCGUGGCAACAAUCAACAAAGGGAGAAGAGCCCAUCAAAAUCUCCGGAAGUCUUUCUCUCCUUCUUCUUCUCUAAUCCUCCAACAAAGCAUGGCCCUCCACCGCUUCUCUUUCUCAACCCUCUUCCUCCUCUCUCUCACCCUCCUCACCACAACGACCCUCUCCCUCUCCACCGUCUACGACCUCCUCCCCAAAUACGGCCUCCCGAGCGGCCUCUUGCCGGACUCCGUCACCAACUUCACCCUCUCCGACGACGGCCGGUUCGUCGUCCGCUUAGCCAGGUCCUGCGAAAUCGAAUUCGACUACCGCGUUCGCUACGACAGGACCGUGUCCGGACGCAUCAGCUACGGCUCCAUCACCGAGCUCGAGGGCAUUCAGGUGAAGCGGCUCUUUAUCUGGUUGGAUGUGGAUGAGAUCAAGGUCGAUCUGCCUCCCACGGAUUCGAUCUACUUCAAGGUUGGGUUUAUCAACAAGAAGCUUGGUAUUGACCAGUUCAAGACUGUGCAUUCGUGCGGCGUCUCUGGAUGUUCUUGGAAGAGUUUUCUCCAGCUUCCAGGAAUGGUGAAUGAAGCUGAGAUGCUAAUCACCGAGUAACUACUACUCUCAACACCACACAACGGUGGAGUCGAGUGUUAGUCAGUCAACUUUGUACAAAUACGUUCCCACGAAAUGUCAAAUGUUAAAACUCGUUUCCACGAAAAAAAAAUCUGUAUCUAGACAACAUGACUAAAUGUUUCCCGAGUUCGUUCCUCACCAGCAAAAUAAGACUGGCCGUUCAAGUU